AUGGCUGGAACACAGGUGGGGCUGCAUGGACCAUUCCCGGACCCGCAGGUUGGGUCAGGCCCUGACUCUGACUCUGAUUCAGACUCAGAGGGUCUGGGCUCGGGCAGUGCUGGGCCAGGCUCAGGCUCCCUGUCCCACUCACAGGUCAUCCACAGCGGCCACUUCAUGGUCUCCUCGCCGCACAGCGACUCGGUGCCCCGCCGACGCCACCAUGGUACUGAGUCAGAGCCAGCUGAUCCCCGCACCAUCGACCUGACCCUCACCCGGCUCUUUGAGUGCAUGAGCCUGGCCUACAGUGGGAAGCUGGUGUCUCCAAAGUGGAAGAAUUUCAAGGGUCUGAGGCUGCUUUGCCGGGAUAAAAUCCGCCUCAACAACGCUAUCUGGAGAGCCUGGUACAUCCAAUAUGUGGAGAGGAGGAAGAGCCCCGUGUGUGGGUUUGUGACCCCCCUGGAGGGCUCCGAGGCGGAAGAGCACCGGAAACCCGAGGCUGUUGUGCUGGAGGGGAACUACUGGAAGCGUCGGAUCGAGGUGGUGAUGAAGGAGUAUCACAAGUGGAGGAUUUACUACAAGAAGCGGCUUCGAAAGUCCAGCCGGGAGGGUGAGAUCUCCAGCUCAAAGCAGGAUGAGGGUGUGUGGAAGCCAUCGGAGAAAUGGUGCAACCAGCUGUUCUCCAGCGUGGUGCCCAUGCUGCUGGGGGAUGAGAAUGAGGAGGCUGGAGGGCGGCAGCUCUUUGACUUGGACAGCUUCCUCUCGGACAUCUCAGACACGCUCUUUACCAUGACGCAGCCCCUGUGCUCCCACCAGACGCUCCCAGAAGACGCCUACACUGGGAACGCCGACAUGAUCCAGCCAGGCUUGAUCCCAUUGCAGCCAAAUCUUGAUGAUUUUAUGGAAAUCUCAGAUCUCUUCACCGGCCACCGCCCACUGCCUUCACAGAUGCAUCUGAACUACCAAGAGCAGCCCUGCUUCACGCCCAUGGCUGACACCCUAUACAGCAGCAGCAGUGUCCCACCUGCCAGCCACACCAACCCACUGAUGGCCUCCAGAGCCCUGCCUGUCAGCUACGUUGAUGCCCCAGUCCCACCCAAUGGCCACCUACAGUCUAGCAGCAACUGCUCCUCCCAGCUCUGCCUGCCUGGCUCCUUCCUCAGCCCCGAUUUCCAGCCAGCCCCGCAGCCCGUGGACCCCUGCAGCGGCCUGUGCGCUGACCUCAAGCACAAGCCCCCGCUCCAUUAUGGGCUCCCCAGCAACAGUCUCAGCAUGGAGCCCUUCGGCCCUUCCUACUGCACCCCAGCAGCCCCCCCAGGCGCCUUCCUGCUGGGUCAGGACCCCCUGUACUCACCGGCUUCAGCACCGAGAUCCAAAUUCCGUUACUCCGGCUCCAUUAGUGGCUCUUCGCUCUCCACGCCAUCCUCUACCCAGCACGCACCAGGCCUGGGCUACAGCGUGGACCUUCUGCCAACAGCAUACCCUGCUCUGUCCAGAGCCCAGCCCCUGCCCCCCGUGAUGCUGAGCGGCCCCAGGUUUGCCACCCCCAAAGAGCAGUCGCCGCCUGGGGGCAGCAGGCCAAUGGUGAAGCCAGCUAGCCCCAAGACAAAGAGACCCAUGGGACUCCCUGUGCCCCCACGCAUGGCUGUGCCCAACCCCUGCCUGACCCAGCUCCUGACUGCAGCUAAACCAGAGCUGGCCCUGGACCCUCCCUCCACUCCCAGUACCACCCUCAUGUCGCUGGCCUCCCCGGAAGGGGGCCUUGCCGAAGUCCCCUCUGACUUCCUGCCCCGCAUGGCCCAGCUGAGUCCAGGGCUGUCUCCUGGCUCCAGCCCUUCCCAGUCUGUCCCCAUCAUACUGGCUGUGGCACAGCCGGGAUCCCUGCUCGUCCCCAAGACGGAGCAGCUCUCCCCCCCGUCGGCCUGUGCCAGUGACUGGCCGAAGCCUGGACGAGUCUCCCCGGUGCCAGUCGGAGUGCUGACUGCCAGGAUCUCACCGCAUCACUCCACCCCCAGCCAGGGCAGGCCGGAGUCCAGCAAGACAGAGAGCCGCCGCAUCACGCACAUCUCCGCCGAGCAGAAGAGACGCUUCAACAUCAAGCUGGGCUUUGACACCCUCCACGGGCUGGUGAGCACCUUGAGUGCCCAGCCUAGCAUCAAGGUCAGCAAGGCCACCACGCUGCAGAAGACAGCAGAGUACAUCUACAAGUUGCAGCAGGAGAGGGCUGCCCUGCAGGAUGAGACGCAGCGGUUGCGGGAGCAGAUCGAGGAGCUCAACACAACCAUCAACCUGUGCCAGCAGCAGCUGCCUGCUACAGGAGUGCCCAUCACCCGCCAGCGCUUCGACCAGAUGCGUGACAUGUUUGACGAGUACGUCCGCUCCUGCACACUGAAGAACUGGAAGUUCUGGGUUUUCAGCAUCAUCAUCCGGCCUCUGUUUGAGUCCUUCAAUGGCAUGGUCUCCACAGCCAGCAUGGACAGCCUCAGCCAGACAUCACUAGCCUGGCUGGACCAGUAUUGCUCCCUCCCAGCACUUCGGCCCACUGUCCUGAGCUCUCUCCGCCAGCUGAGCAUUUCCACCUCCAUCCUGACCGACCCGGCAUGUGUACCCGAGCAGGCCACCCAGGCAGUGAUGGGGACAGACCGCAGCAACAACUCCUCCUAGUUACAAGGGAGGGGCCCUUCACACAUGGUAAGAUGCUUCAUUUCUGCAGAACAACCAUUCACCUUCACCAGCAAGAGUCUCCUAUUGCAGUCUUGGUCCCGCCAUUGCCAUCCUGUCUCCCGGGGACUGCACCCCCAUCCAUGCGGCGGGAGGCCAUCAGCAAAAGGAGAGACAAAAUCAGUGCAUGAUCCAGGACACCUGCUGCAUGGACACGUUCCACCACCCAAGAUGCUGACGUCCAGAAGAACUUUCCCUCGGAAAAUCCCUUACCUGAAAAUAGCACCGUGCAAGGCUACAGAGUAACAAAAUGAUGGGAAAUGCUGACGAUCUUGGAGAACCUGGUUCCUUCACAACAACUCCCUCCAGGUGCUGACUUCGAACAAAAACACUGGUGUACUCUAACUUGAACAAGAGGUGGAGUGGCAAAGGCUGGUGACUAUCACCAAGUGGAAGCUGAGGGACAACCCCAGAUGUGAACGUGGAGAGCUUAGGCAAACAUUUGAACACUGCCUGAUGGAGUGCCCUGGCAACAUCCUGUACUCCCAAGGAACUGUUUGAGAUUAGUGAGAACACCAGGUCUUGGCUGCAGUUUUGGAGCGACAAGCUAGGAUGAUGACCAGUGAGAGCAGGGCCCCAAGGAGCUCAGAGGAGCCCAGGGUGCCCACUGAGAGGAGAGCACCUUCCCCUACUCACUGCUCAGCUCUAGAGGCAGCAACCGCUGACCAUGGGAGGGAAUUACUCGGCUGCCUCUGGUUCCUGAGGAGAAAGAUUUGGGCCUUCAGUCUUCCUGAAGCCUCGCCUUCUGAAGCAAGCAAUGGAACCUGGUACUGCAUCCCCAGAGAUCAAGGGACAGAGAGACCACAAGAGCUGCAGAAAAGCCCACCUCAGCAGCAAGAUGCUAGUGCCUCAUCCCCCACUGGCCCUAGGGAUGGAAGGGCCCCUGGAGAGUUGCUGAUGAUGAGGCUAGUGCAUGAAGUUCUUUGUGGUUCCAUGGAGGAUGCCCCAUGAGAAGGUCAGCAUCUCUCAUUGCCCAAGCCUUAUCUUCACAAAUAUGGCUGCUUCCAUUCAGUAUGGGAGGGCCUAGACUCUGGAUAACCAACUCUAUCCAGAGUCUGUGUGUGUUUGCUUUAGUCUCCGGCCCAUUGUUAAUAGCUCCCAUGUCCACACUAGGUCUGAGCGACUCUGGCUGGUGGGUGUUAAAUUCUAAGCAGUGGUUGUUCUGGUCACAUCUGGUCAAUCCCCACCUCCCUUUCAGUCCAAUUCGAACUCAGAAGCUGGCUUCUGGAGUGGAGAAUACUGUACAAAUCAACAGAAAGCUCUUGGUCAUAUUGUUGUUGUGCUAAGCUGACUAAUUGGGCUGCUCGGUUGUCUCCUGCUGCAUUUUGUUGCUCUUUCGCUCCUUUCGCUGUAAUGUGAGCAACGUGUCUUCUUGUCUCUCAUGUCUGGAACAGUAGCUCAAAGGCAGCUGCUGGAUUUCCCCUUCAUGGGUGUUUCCCAAGCAAAGGUUCUUUGUCUUUUAAUUUUAGGAUGUUCUAGAAUGCAGGAGUUUUCCCAUGAAUGUUGUUUGAUGUCAUGUUGCCAAAGGAAUGUCCUGUUCCUAUAUCCCAUGCUGCAUGCCCUGGCUCUGUAAGCAAUGGCAGAUCCUUUGUGAUAAAGAGACUUUGUUCCUUCCCA